GGCGGGAGGCCGGGGGUGGGCAGACGAGCGGAGGUAGGCGGCUGCUCCGGCUGUGUGAGACAGCUGGCUGCGCACCUCCACCCCGCCGCUCCGCAGUCCUUCCACUCGCCGCCCUGCCUGUCCCGCCCCUUCCCCUGGGAGAGCUCGGUGGGCUUCUCCUGCGCGUCCGCACGGCCUCCGGGUCAGCGCGCGGGCGCCUGCGUGGAGGUAACCAACGGCCUCGGCUCUGGUGGACCCGCGUUCCGGAGGGGGAGAGAGUGAAAAAUAGGAGGGAUUAGCUCCCCUGCAGAAGAUUAAAACAGCGAGACACCUUGGUGACUGGCAGACACCCCUGGUGGAGGGGGGAGACAUGGGAGCAGGUGAACCACGUGGGAGCGCAAUGAACAGCGAGACGGGGAGAGAGCAGGUGAGGGAAGGACGACGCGGAGCAGCGCGGACUCGUGGGACCUACCGGCGCUUUCGAGGACACGGACUUUUUCUCUAGGUGAGAUGGGAAGCCUUGGGACGUUUUCCAGCAGAGAAUGGCAAAACAGAAGAGAAAAGUUACCAAAAUGAUGGACAAAAAGAACAAAAAAUGGAAGAAGGCGUCAGCACAGGAGAUCCUGCUGGCACCUGAAGCUGAGCCAGGCGGCAAGGAGGCCCACCCCCAGGGAACAGCGGCAUGUGGGGCUGGGCAGGAGACGGACCUUGCACUGUCCCCCGAGCAGAAGAGGGUCCUGGAAAGGAAGCUGAAGAAGGAGCUCAGGAAGGAGGCAAGGAAGCGGCUGCGGGAGGCAGGCACCACCCCCGCCCCCAAGCUGCCAACCCAGCGCUCCGGGGCCCAGCUGGCCCUGGACUACCUCCAUGGCUGGGCCCAAAAGCACAAGAGCUGGAGAUUUCAGAAGACAAGGCAGACCUGGCUCCUGCUGCACAUGUACGACCAUGACAAGGUCCCUGAUGAGCACUUCUCCACCCUGCUGGCCUACCUAGAGGGGCUCAAGGGCCGGGCACGUGAGCUGACAGUGCAGAAGGCUGAAGCCCUCAUGCAGCAGCUGGACGGGGUAGGCGACAGCACAGACCCCCUGCUGCUGGAGAAGUCCCAGCGUGUGCGGCACAUGAUCUUCAGCCAAGCAGCAAGGGUGCCAGCCUCGCUGUACCUGGGCUCUGAACCAUCUGAAAAACACACUGGAAAAUUACAGUAAAGGAAGAUCCACAAGAUACAAAGCAGAGGCAGGUUCUUUUUAAAGAACUGUUGUUGACUAACAAGGAAACGUAGCUCUGGGUUUCCUGGGAGUCAAGUCAAGAAGGGAAAUGUGAUGGCCCCUGCCCUCCUUGUUAAUGGGCCAGUGGCUCCCUCACUGGAGCAGAAAUGCUCCCUGACACUUGGAGGGCUGUCCCCAUUGAGAGCUCCUGUCGGAGCAUGAAGGGCCACUCCUGACAGCGCCCACUGGCAGCAGGUGCAGAGGGGAGAUGACACAGGAACCACUGGGGCGUACCUGGGUGUGGGACAUGCUCUGGAACCAGGCAGCCCUGGGGUUCCCAUGCUGGUCAGUCAUGGGGAAGGGUCUGAGCCCUGGGGCCAAACCACAGCUUGGGGAUGGCUACACAUGCCUAGGGGUUUUGUUAGUCCCUGACCGAGCAGGCCUCCUGGGGGCACUGGGCUGAGGAGCUCCCUAACAAUGGCCAUUGUUCUUCCAUCGGACUCCCAAAACUGGAAGCAAACCAGAGGUCCACGGCAGGUGAGCUGAGGGCCAACAGGAUGGCCACCCACUGGGACAGGAGAAAACCAAGGUUGGCCAUGAGGGCACUAUGGUUCAUUUACCCCAAAUUCUGCAAAUGGGGGCUCACCUGGUGACAGAUUACAGGUGGGGAACAGGCCGGCGCCCUGGGGGAAGCGCCCACUGGAGGCUGCCCAGCACGUGCGGGUGCUGAACUCGCCAAGCAGGGCAUCUCAGUCUGGUUGUGAACCUGCUCCCAGAGGUGGGGCAGCCAGUGCUCGUGGGCUGAGCUCCAGGAAGAAAUGUUAAGGCCGCAUUUGUUGUCACCCUGAAGCCCGUUGUUACCAAAGUUGUGUGUCCAGUGGGUAAACAGCAGCACUGCUAAGUCAGAACGCUGUUCUCCAGCAGGCAGGGUGGAUAGGGGCAGUCCAGGUGACCAGCGAUGGUGACAGGUGGUGGCCAGUGCGGCCGGCCCUCAGGAAGCAGUGCCUUCUCCCAGUUCUAGGAUUUGCAUCUAGUGGUUGUCCAGGAGUCUCCUGCUACCUGCUGACUACUAUCCAAGGCGGCUCUCCCUGCCCCCUGAGCCCCUGGGAGAGUUGUCUCUGCUUUUGGGUAAAUCAGUGUUCAGCAUUUACAGCUGUAUGAUGAUUAUCCAGCCAGGAUGCCCCUGAUGGAGGUUGCCCCAUGGCACAGGGUGCAGGGGAGGCUGAGUGCACGGGGCUUCCGGAGUUGGGCGGCCACGGAGCCAGGCUGGCCCAGGAGAGCUCAGCGUGAGUCUGUC